UUUUUUCUUACAAGGAAAAUGGCAAGCCCGAAUGAACAAGCUGAUGGAGGGAAAUUCCCAGCUGCUGAUAUUCAUGGAGAAUUGAAUCCUGCCCAAAACAUGGAUGUAAACGUCGAUCCUGUAUCUUCUCAAAUCACUAACUCAUUGCAGAUCAAGAAAAAUGCUGAAGCUGCAGAAAAGAAGAAUCAAAAUGCAAAGAGAGAUGCAAUGCAGAAGCUCAAAUCAACUAUUAUAAUCUCAGCAGUAAUUGUGGCUGUUGCCGGGGCAGCCUUUGCGGUAACUAAGAAAUUGAGAGAUAAAUGAACAUUAAC